AUGCCUGGUCAAAUGAGCAAAGGCGAUUCGUCGCGCAUCCAGUUCUCACAGGCCAAGAGCGGUGGAGACAUGUCAUCCUCUGGAUUCGCGGCACGCGCUCAGAGCGCUGCUGAUCGAUCGGGCAACUUUGGUGGAGGUGCAUCUGGAAACAGCAAUUCGGGCGGUGGACGAGGUUCUGGAAAUGGAAGUAGUGGUGCUGGUAACAACAGCAGUGGCCAGACAGGUGGUAACAAGAAGUAA